AAACUGCAUUUUUCAAUUCAUUGUUUCUUUCUGCUUUCUUCGUCGAGUCUUUUUUAAAAACUGAAAUGAAUGGCGAGGGAAAAUCGGAGGCUGGAGCUAACGCCGUCGCACCAGAGGAGGAGGAGGAAGUAGGGCAGAGAGUGGUGUACAUGUGGGGUUACUUGCCCGGAGCCUCGCCGCAACGGUCGCCUCUGUUGUCACCGGUCGUGGUGAAGAUUCCGCCGGAAGUCGAAAGCUCCUGGAAAGAUGUCUCCGGCGGAGGUUGCGGUUUCGCAAUGGCUACUGCAGAAUCGGGGAAGCUAAUUACAUGGGGUUCGACAGAUGAUCUAGGUCAAAGCUAUGUCACAUCCGGGAAGCACGGAGAAACUCCGGAGCCUUUUCCUCUUCCUCCGGAGGUUAGUGUACAGAAAGCUGAGGCCGGAUGGGCUCAUUGCGUGGCAGUUACAGAGAACCAUGAAGUUUAUACAUGGGGAUGGAGGAAAUGUAUACCCACUGGGAGAGUGUUUGGACAGAUAGAGGGAGAUUCAUGUGAAAGAAACAUUUCUUUCUCAGCAGAGCAAGUGAGCCCUAGUUCUCAAGGGAAAAAAUCUAGCGGUGGCACGUCUUCUCAAAUGGAAGCUAGAGGUGGAGCGGAAUCAACAAAGAAAAGGCGGAUUUCGCCGGCAAAGCAAGCUGCUGAAAACUCAUCACAGUCCGAGAACAACAACGACCUCUCGGCAUUGCCUUGCCUUGUAUCGUUGGCUCCAGGAGUUAGGAUUGUCAGUGUUGCUGCUGGUGGACGUCAUACUCUAGCAUUAUCAGAUAUUGGACAGGUGUGGGGUUGGGGUUAUGGAGGAGAAGGACAGCUUGGAUUGGGCUCCCGUGUACGCCUAGUCUCUUCUCCUCAUCCUAUUCCGUGCAUUGAGCCUUCUUCUUAUGGAAAAGAAAGUUCUGUGGCCGUUUCUGGUGUAAACAUGAGUUCAGAGGUACAAUGUGGCCGAGUUCUUGGAAGUUAUGUUAAAAGGAUUGCAUGUGGAGGGCGACACAGUGCUGUGAUCACAGAUACUGGAGCGCUCCUUACAUUUGGUUGGGGGCUUUAUGGACAGUGUGGCCAAGGGAGCACAGACGAUGAACUAAGUCCUACAUGUGUAUCCUCGUUGUUGGGAAUUCAAAUAGAGGGAGUUGCUGCAGGUCUAUGGCACACAGCCUGCUUUUCAUCUGAUGGUGAUGUUUAUUCGUUUGGUGGAAACCAAUUUGGCCAGUUAGGUACUGGUUGCGAUCAAGCCAAGGUAAGAAUCUUGAACUAUAUUGUUUUACUCAGCUCUAGUAAUGCUAAUUCUGAAGGCCUUUCGUUGAACUUGAAAACCAAUAUGUUAUUUCAGACUCUUCCAAAAUUAUUGGAGGCUCCAAAUUUGGAAAACGUGAACGUCAAAAUCAUCUCCUGUGGUGCUCGUCACACCGCCGUAAUCGCAGAUGAAGGGAAAGUAUUCUGCUGGGGAUGGAACAAAUACGGGCAGUUGGGUCUAGGAGACGUGAUUGAUCGGAAUUCUCCUUCAGAGGUUAAAAUCAAAGACUGCUUCCCCAAAAACAUUGCGUGUGGUUGGUGGCAUACUCUGCUUCUAGGCCAACCCUCUCUCUGAAUGUGCCACACAACACAAUACACACACACACACAGAGAUCCCCCAAUUUUGUUAGUGUUUAGAGCCAACUUUAGAUUUCAUAUACAUAGACGUAGUGUUGUACAUACACUAGCAGCAAGUAUAUACAAUGUAAGGCUGAUUUACUCAGCUUUUGUUUCUUCUGAUUAGCUUAACUUUAAAAUGGAGGGGAAUUGAAAACAAUA